GUUCACAACUUCACACCAGUGAAAAAGAAAACCAUCAAAAACCAGUCUCCCUCGGCAUUCAAUGCGAGCUCAACUGCCGCCGCGAGCUCCACCGCAAACUUUAACCUCUCUUUCGUCUCCACAAAUCCAACUUCGAGCGACCCUUAUUCGCCAGCUAACGACAUCUCAUUCCCCAACGCCCCAUCUCCUCUCUCUUUCUCUCAUGGCUUGCGCCGCCAAGUUCCGAUACCAGAGACUGAAGGCGGAGGGCGGCGACGGCGAUGCCGGCGGUCUCGUCCCCGACGAUGAGGCCGUCUUCGAGAGAUACAGGGCGAUCGUGCGGUCCAGGCUGUGGUACACGAGGCUCAAGAGGGUGGCCGUCAAGAGGAGGUUCAGGCUCAGGGUGCCGGGGCUGAGGAGGUUCCUGCGGGGGCGGGCGAGGCUGGCGAGGGCGGUCGGGGUCUCGUGCGCCAAGGUGCUGCGGAGGCUGAAGGAGAGCCAGUCCCACUUCGGCGACCUCUUCGCCGGCAACUACCUGUUCCUCCAGGUGAACCCGACGCCGGUGAAGAAGCUCCUGGAGCGAUCCGCCGCCGGCGAACGAGGUCGCGCCGCUGGCGUGGGAGGCUACGGGUGGUCUCCGAAGGUAUCCGUGCAGAGAAUCGCUUGUUAAGUAGAGACCUUUUUCAUGCUUCCAGAAAUAAUCGUCUGUGAUUUGUUGUCUAUCGGAUCGGGUCUCUUGUCGAUUCGGUCGUGUGAAAUGGUCCAAAGUGACCCGACCCGAAAUUUGAAUAUUGGAUCAAUUUGCCAGCGUGCAAUGCCAAAGC